UUUUUUUUUUUUCUUGUUCCUUUUUUCUUCUUUAUGUCCACUUCUAAAUAUACUGUCGCUGACCUUCUUUCAUUAAGAUAUUCGACAAAUUCGAAAUCUGAUACUAUUUUUGAAUGGGAGGGCUCUAUAUUUGCCUUUAUCCCAGGUCAACAGCCUAAAAAGAUUUUUAAAUGUGUGGGUAUGAAUAUUUCAAAGGCAAAGAUUGAAGAAGGUAAACUCAAAGUUACUGGAAAAGAAUUAACUUAUUAUCUGGAUCCUGUUACUGGUGAAAAAUUAACAAAGUGGGAUAAUCCUUGGACAGGAGAAAAGGAUUUACCAGUGAUUCAUAUUGCAAAUGAUCCUGUACAGAUGUCUCUUCCUACUGCUAUUCCACUUGAAGUGCGUCAUAAUAAAUUUAGCGAAACAUCUACAGUUAUAUCGGAGAUUCCUUUAUUUUAUACAAAUCCGCUAUAUACAGAAGAUCAUAAAUUUGAUAAAUUUGACUCAAACAAAAUGUAUGAAGCGGGUGAGUUUUUUACAUUCAAAUGCAACACAAAAGAAUUGGAACAAAGCACAUUAUCUAACACUACAAUGGAUGCUGUUGAGGUUAAUUGGUCUCGUGUAUCAAAAUUUUGUCCUUUUAUGAAAAUGGGAAAGCAAUCGGGCUAUUUACUUUAUCAUUGUACAGGAUUCAAACUGCCUCAGGGAUCUACGGUUAACGACUUGACUCAUUCAUUGCUAGUGAAUGAAAUCAGAAAGGACAUGAAGUCAUAUGCCUAUGCACCUCAUGACUAUGAUACUAAUAUAAAAAGUGUAUCGAGCUGGACUUACUUUAGAGAUCAUUUUGAUCGUUAUCAAAAUGAUCCUAAUGCUAUUUGGCCUAUCCCAUCCCUCAAUUAAAAACUCUGUAUACUAAUAUACAUAGGACGGCACUUUACAUCUACAAUUCUUUCGUCAUCACCUCGUAUUAUUUAUUUUUUUUAAAGAAAGAAAUACUUUUGUUAUUUAAAUAUAAGGAUAUUACUGCUAUUUACUGUAAAAGGAUAAAAAACGGCAAACAAAAAAGCUUCAAGAUAAAAAUAAGAUUGUUUUAAUCAUAUUUAAUAAUAGAAUGAAAGACAAAG